AUGAUGUGCAUGUGGGCCGGCAUCAGAUACAUGGCCUCUCCCAUCUGGAUCUUUGCCCUCUUCAACUCUCUCAUCCACGCCAUGAUGUAUACUUACUAUACGUUGACGGCGCUGAGAGUCAAGGUGCCCACCAGGAUCAAACGCUCUCUCACCACAAUGCAGAUCGCCCAGUUCGUCAUCGGAACCCUCCUCGCCGCCGCCCACCUGUUCGUCUCCUACUCCGUCCCCGUCCAGGAAUCCCACCCCGUCACUCUCCAGCCCCUGACCGAGACCAUCCCGUCACAAGACACCACCGGCCUGCUUCCCUGGCUCAAGAAGCUCGCCUUCAGAGCCGCGGGGGCAGACGGGGUCGCUGCAAACGUCCUCUCGGCCAACCGCACUCUCUUCGGCGCUGAUGGAUCCCACGCCGUCCACGCCCUCGUCAACCACCGCGAACUCCGCAAACAGACUCUCCAGACCAGCGUCCCGUGCAUCAACACCUCCGGCCAGGCAUUCGCCAUCUGGCUCAACCUCGUCUACCUCCUCCCGCUCACCUUCCUCUUUGUCCGCUUCUUCAUUCGCUCGUACCUGCGUCGCACCAACGAGCACCAGCACCACGCUGCCGAAAAGGCCAUCAAGGACGUCACUCGCGAGAUCUCCAAGGCCGUCAGGGAGAUGCACGGCAACACCUCCGACGGGCCAUCUUCCGGCUCAUCCACUCCCAGGCCAGAGAGGGCCUACGAAGCCAAUGUUCUCGACCUGCUCAACCGCAAGCAGCGCAUCGCCGAGAGAGAAAUCACUAAACCCACUCCUCUUACUCCUGCUCAAGAAGAAACUCUAGAAAAUCAAGAAAAUCAAUCGACUGCAACCUCGACUGCCAUUGACGUAGCCACCGUUACACAAGAGCAAAAAUACGAAGCUAACCUCAAAGACGUCAUGACCGCAGAGGAAAAGGCCAUCGACAGCCACCCGGAGGAAUCCACCGCCCUCAGCGUCGACUACGAAGCUGCUUCUCCUUCUCCCUCCCACUCUCCCUCCCCCUCUGCUCCAAUGUCCCAUGCCCAGCGCAGAAAGAAGAAAGCCGCCAAACGCCAUUAA